GAACGGAGAAAAUACAUGAUUUUGCUACACUGUGCCAGAUUGUUCCUGCUUGUUCAUAUGUAGUGCUACAGAGGCAGAAGUGCUCGAACACGUUUCUGUUGUAUAUUCAGCUCCACAGGAAGUGUGGACUCAAAGUUUGGGGAGGAGAACUCUGCGAGGGCGGGCGGAAUCAGCAGAUGAAGAGAAAUUGAGGAAGCCUUUCGAGGCAGGACCCACACAGUUAGCUCCAAGCCAGCGUGCCCAGCUACCGCCAAGUGUCCGUCUCCCCCAGGGCAGUUGGAUAAGCCGAGGCCCUCACCCUGGUCUCAACUCCGUCGUCGCCACUCGCCACCUCUCCGACCGUCGCGUUCUUCACGAUUCCUCCGGCCCAGCGCGCGCCUUCUCAAACCUUCUAGAACUCCCGUCUUCCUUCCUUCCUUCCUUCCUCCCCUGCGUUACUCCAAACCUUUUUAAGCUGGACUGACCUCAGAUCUCAUAGCGAAACGUUAAUUAGAGGUAGAACAAGCACAAGUGUUACAAAGCUAAGCUCCACAGCUCGUCGCCAAUGGCGUCUGCUUCCCUCGCGUCUUCUGUCCUGUGCAGCAGCAGCGGUUCUACCAGUAGAAGCGCAGCCGUGCCGAGGGCGAUCCGGAUCCCUCUCUUCCCCAAGAACCAGCACAGGCCGCCUCUUCGGCCUCUCAGGAGUAGCUCGGUAGCUAGGCGAUCGCUGCAGCAGGAGCAGGAGGAGAGGGCGGACCCGGCCUCCUCCGUCGCCGUAGCCUCCGGCGAGCGGCAUGAGGAGCCGACGGCGUCGCACCAUGUUGGAGGGGAGGAUGAUGGCACGACGGCGUCGGGUCACGCUGGAGGAGCAGAGGGAGGCCAGGGAGAUGGCGACGGCGAGGAGAAGAGGAGCACGGAUGAGCAGCAGGAGGUGGACUGGAAGUCGGACGAGGAGUUCAAGAGGUUCAUGGGGAACCCCUCCAUCGAGGCCGCCAUCAAGCUGGAGAAGAAGCGCGCCGACCGGAAGCUCCGCGAGCUGGACCGCGAGCCCGACGCCAACCCCGUCGCCGGCCUGCUCCGGGGCCUGGCAAAGGACCAGCUGGCCCGGGAGAAGCAGAGGCUGGAGCUGGCCGAGCAGACCUUCAAGGCGCUCGACCUCAACAAGCUCAAGAGCUGCUUCGGGUACGACACGUUCUUCGCGGUGGACGUCCGGAGGUUCGGCGACGGCGGGAUCUUCAUCGGGAACCUGCGGAGGCCCGUGGAGGAGGUGCGGCCGAAGCUGGAGAAGAAGAUCGCCGAGGCGGCCGGGACGGAGGUCACGCUCUGGUUCAUGGAGGAGAAGGGCGACGGCGACAUCACCAAGCAGGUCUGCAUGGUCCAGCCCAAGGCGGAGAUCGACCUCCAGCUGGAGAUCACCAGGCUGAGCACGGCGUGGGGCUAUCUCAGCGCCGUGGCGCUGGCGGUCACCACGUUCGGGACGGUCGCCCUCAUGAGCGGCUUCUUCCUCAAGCCCGGCGCGACCUUCGACGACUACGUCUCCGACGUGCUUCCUCUGUUCGGCGGCUUCCUCACCAUACUCGGCGUGUCUGAGAUCGCGACAAGGUUGACGGCCGCGAAGUACGGCGUGAAGCUGAGCCCGUCGUUCCUGGUGCCGUCGAACUGGACGGGGUGCCUCGGCGUGAUGAACAACUACGAGUCGCUGCUGCCCAACAAGAAGGCCCUCUUCGACAUCCCUGUCGCGCGCACGGCCAGCGCGUACAUCACGUCCGUCGUGCUGGCCGUCUCCGCGUUCAUCGCCGACGGCAGCUUCAACGGCGGCGAGAACGCCCUGUUCGUGCGGCCGGAGUUCUUCUACAACAACCCGCUGCUGUCGUUCGUGCAGGUGGCGAUCGGCCCCUACGCCGACGAGCUCGGGAACGUACUUCCCAACGCGGUGGAGGGCGUGGGCGUUCCCGUGGACCCCCUGGCCUUCGCGGGGCUCCUGGGCAUCGUGGUGACGUCGCUGAACCUUCUCCCGAUCGGGCGGCUGGAGGGCGGGCGCAUCGCACAGGCGCUGUUCGGGCGGAGCACGGCGGCGCUCCUGUCGUUCGGCACGUCCGUGCUGCUGGGCUUGGGCGCCAUCAGCGGCAGCGUGCUGUGCCUGGCGUGGGGCCUCUUCGCCACCUUCAUCCGCGGCGGCGAGGAGAUCCCGGCGCAGGACGAGAUCACGCCGCUCGGCAGCGACCGGGUCGCGUGGGGGUUCGUGCUCGCCGUCGUCUGCCUCCUCACGCUCUUCCCCAACGGCGGCGGCACCUACUCCACCUCAUUCCUCGGGGACCCCUUCUUCAGGGGCGGCAUCUAGGCGCUGCGCCGGUGGCGUAGUAGAAGGGGUCUCGUAGGAAGCGGUUUGGAUUGCUUUUCGGUUCCUGUGCAGCGUGUGCGUGUAUAUACGGAGUAGUAGUAUACUGCUGUAGUCACUCUACUAACCACUAUGCAAUCUCAAACUCUCCAUAUCAAAAUCUUUUCUGUUUUUUUGCCAUACACU